AUGUUAAAAAUGAGGGAAUAUCAAAGUAACAUAUUGAUUCAGUUAGGCAUUAUUUGCGUUUUCGCACUUAAUGCGGAUAUUGUCCGUGGUGACAGUCUAACUGUAAAAACGCUAAAUGGCAUGCUGCGUGGCACGACAAUGCCCACCCGACAUGGAAGAGACAUUUACGCAUUUCUGGGAAUUCCCUACGCUGCACCGCCACUCGGAGAACUCAGAUUCAAGCCACCGCAACCCCCGGCCGCAUGGAACGGCACCCGAGAUGCUACGAAAAACGCGGGAAUAUGCACACAACGGAACAUCUACGUCUAUCAAGAGGAGAUUGUCGGCGAAGAGGAUUGUCUUUAUCUGAACGUUUACACGCCGUGCAUACAUUGCAUCGAAGACGACCCUAGUUCCGAUCAUGAUCUGAAACAAUUGCGGCGAGAAGCUUUCGGCGGAUUCCCGGUCUUGCUAUGGUUCCACGGCGGAGGCUGGGUCGCUGGAGCCGGUCACUCAGACUAUUACGGACCUAAGUUCCUGAUGGACUUUGAUGUCGUUCUUGUUACCGUCAACUUCCGACUCGGAUCGCUGGGCUUCUUGAGUACGGAGGAUCUGGAAUGUCCAGGAAAUUUAGGAUUAAAAGAUCAGCAACAAACUCUGCGAUGGGUGCACGAGAAUAUCGCUUUCUUUAACGGUGAUCCAAAUAGAGUAACUAUUUUCGGUGAAAGCGCAGGCGGUGCAAGUGUUCAUUAUCAUAUGGUCAGCCCUCUUUCAGAAGGACUUUUUCAUCGCGCUAUUUCUCAGAGUGGCACCUUCUACAACCCGUGGACUUUAACGUCACCAGGUACUGCCAGAAAGAAGGCUAUGAUGGUGGGUGAACAUUUAGGAUGCAACUUCGAGGAUUCUAAAGAACUCAUCAAAUGCCUACAAACGAAGAGCGCGCAGGAGAUCAUCGGCACCGAUCGUCUUUUCCAGAAAUUUGGUUACUGCCCAAUGAUACCAUUCCGACCGGUAAUUGAACCCAAACAUGAAGGUGCCUUCCUGAUAGAGGAUCCUUUAAUUUCCGUACAAAAUGGUCGCUCUCUCGAUAUACCCUGGAUGACGGGGACCACUUCGCAAGAAGGAGCUCUAAAAGUAGCAGGUAUUUACGGACGUGGCCAAGUGGACGAAUUGGAGAAUAACUUUAACAAUAUUGCGCCUAUAAGCUUAUUUUAUAAUGACAGAUACAACACGAAAGGGGCUUUGCAAGAUGAGAUAACCGCCACCAUUCGUGAUUUUUAUUUCAACUCUGAUCCUAUCGACCACAGCGAUGAUUCCAGAUUCAAACUCAUCAAUAUGUAUAGUGACUCAUGGUUUAAUCACGGUGCUCACGAAGCUGUACAAUCUUUUAUUGUAAAUCAAACAUCACCAGUCUUUUAUUAUUACUUCUCAUACGAAGGAAGCGUGUCCUUCAGCACGAUAUUUGGCGAUCCCACAAGAGAUUAUGGAGUAGUGCACGCGGAUGAUCUGCAGUAUUUGUUCCCUGUGGGUGAACAAUUAUUCCCGAAUACGCCACUGUCCGAGAACGAUCAUAAAAUGAUCGAUAUCAUGACUAGUCUUUGGUAUAACUUUGCAAAUUCCGGAAACCCUACGCCAAAAAUUACAAAAACGAUUCCAUUAAAAUGGAAGCCCGUAAAAACAAAUUAUGCACCGGAAUAUCUACAUCUAAACAGUCCAGACAAUAUUACUAUGGGACAUGGUCUUCUCUGGCAGAGAAUGACAUUUUGGGAUACCUUAACACGUCGAAUCACAUCCGGUGGCAAUAAAUUUAGACGCUUAAAAAAGGACGAAUUGUAAUUUGUGUAUUUGCACAAUUAAGUCCAAAGCAUCUUACAUUAGUAUGAUUAUAAGAAUCUUAAAAUAAAUUUUCAGAAUUUGUUCAUUUUUUUCAAUUACAAUUGAUUUGUUUUGUAAAAUAAAUUAAUUACAGUUAUUGCAAAUGCUUCUUAGAUUAUAAUUAUACAUUGAAAAUAUUUUAUUGUAAUGAUAUGAAAUUUACGAAACGCACGAUACAUUUGUGUUGUUUAGCUGCACUUCUUUGUUUAACAAUAUUCUUUUUUUUUUAUUUUUUAAAUGUAAUUAUUUACUAGCACGUAUUAAAUGUUAAAAAUGUUACUAUAAUUGUAUAUGUAUAUAUUAUUAUAUUAUAAUACAACAUUAUUAUGUUAUUAUAAUAUUAUUGUUACGUCCGCGGUUUUAAGACCGGGGCGUAAUUUUUAUUUUUGUAAUUACUGUCACCAAUUGUUACGUCUUUCUGAUAAAAUUGCACACCGAAAGAACCUAAUCCGAUAGUAAAAAGUACUAAAAUAAAAAUUCUACGCAGUUUUGAAAAAAAUAUCAAAUUUUCGCAUAAAAUUUUUAUUUUUAUCACAUGAAAAAAAUAGUUCGGAUAGUUAUUCUUACAAGUUUUAUAGUUACAUCCGGUAGAGAAUUUAGUAAAAAAUAAACAUGCACCGUCUCAACUAUAUUAAUCAAAUAUUUUUCGAGUUAUAUUGUAUGCCGUUAUCUUAAUUUAACGUGCACAGUGCGAUGGUAGCAUGCAAUUGUUUUGCGAUUAAAGAGUCAAUGUUUUACUGGUAUCUCUAUAUAAUUUAACUUUUUCUUUAUCUCAAAUCAUCAGAUAAUUUUAAUAGCUCUAAUUUUUAAAUUAUUUUGAUUUGACGUAUACUGUGCGGUAGCAGUGUAUACAAAAAAUUGUUAUACGAUUUAAAACUUAUUGUUUUAUUGUUGUUACUAUUUUUAAUCAUCUUGGAAAGAUAGAAGGAAUCAGGGCACGCGAGUAACGUGGCGCUCGCGAGGCUCGGAGAUGGCGCGUGCGAGUACCGCGGGACGAAUUCCUUAGAUUCCGUGUAUGAUUUUCGUGGUAAUCUCGGUUUGUCGUGUACAGCGCAAUAGCGACCAGUACACGCAAUCAUCAUGCGAUCUUAAAUUUAUUGUUUUAUUAUUAUUUCUAUUUUUAAAUAUAUCAAGAAAAAAGUAAGAAAAAUAUUACAGAAAGUUAUCGGCUAUACGUAACCGCUCAAGUUUUAAUUAUUCAUUCCAAUUCAAAGAUGCUAAUUAUGUUAAACUUGUUUUUAUGUUUCAAAUUUUUCAUUAUAUACAAUAUCAUAUCAAGUAAAUUGAAAAUUAUUUUUAUGUAUGUACAGAUGGCGCGGAAAAAGAAAGAAAUUUUUGUACGCCAGACGUAACAAUUAUAAUAUAAUAACACAUAAUUGAUAUUUUAAUAUAAAUACAAUUAGUAUAACAUACAAGCAUUAUCACAGGAAAAGGCCCAUUUAGUCGAAAUGGAGUUAGAACCAGAUUUGAUAAUUAAAGACUAUAAACUAUCGUUUAACAUGUGAAAUAGUAUUUUAAACGUUAGUGACCAAAUAGGUUUUUUUUCUAUGAUAAUGAUACAUAUGUAUAUGUAUUUGUAUGUACAUUAUACAUUAUUAUAUAAAAAUUGUGCCAAAAUAACACAGAAAUGGUACAAGAUUGUGUAAUCUGUAAAAAUAAUUUUGUCAUUUAAAAUGAUAUAAUAAUAAAUUUUCUAUAUCAAUAUA